AUGAAGAACGGAGUGGAAGACCGCUGGUUUCGGAUGCGAUUGUCCAGGAGAUCAACAGAUCCACAGUGUCAUCGACAAGAAGACGGUGCACGCGGCGGCUCGUGCACUAGGCUCGCAGUGGAAACCAACAACGUCGGCGACGCGUCCGCCCGCGGCCCAAACCCCAGUUCGGCCGAGAACCGCAGCGUUGACGCGUGCGCUGCCCCCUGUCCGAGGCUCACCCCACCGUCUCGUACACGACCGUCGCCUCGACUCGACGUCGAGGUUAUACAUCCGCGGGGCACCUGCAGAACAACCCACCUGAUGGCGUCGUCUUCGAACCCGACUGCGCCGACCGGGAAGGGCCAGGAUCCUCGGCCGCCGCCGGCGCCCGCGACGGCAGCGCCGGCCGCCUCGCCCGUGCCGCAGCCGCCACCGGACGGCGAACAACCGCCGCCGGCCAAGGCGACCGCCAAUGUUAGCCCGACGCCGUCGGUCAGUUCCGUGAAGGACGGCAAGGAGCCAGCGGCAACGACCUCAGCACCAGCGGCAACGACGACCGCAGCACCAGCGGCGGCGGAGGUGGCGGCGGCGACAGCAGCGGAAGCGGGACCUGCGCCCGAGCUGCAGCCGGUGCAGGACUGCGGCCGGCUGCUGAACCGGCUGGCGGUGUCCCUGCUGUCGUGUAUGCUGGACGUGCCUUCCCGCGUCCAGUGGAACAUCAUCGUGUCACCCAUCGCGCUGACCAGCGCGCUCGCCUCGCUCGUCGCUGGCUGCGAGGGCCCCACCAAGGAGGACCUCUGCAACCUGCUGCGCCUCAAGCCGCAAGAGGUCGAGGUCAUCGUCGAGCGAUUCAAGGCUUCAUGUAGGCUAGAGCCCAAACAACCACCCGGGCGAUGA